AUGACCACCUCAGCCGACAGAGUAGACCAAGGUCUGAUAGCCCAGGUGACAGACUACGUCAAAGAGUACAUGUCGCACUACGACGGCUCGCACGACUUCAACCACAUCCUCCGCGUGCUCAGGCUAUCGCACCAGCUGCACGCCGCGUCGGUCGACGCCUCGUCCCUGUCUCGCGACGUCGUCACGCUGUCCGCGCUGCUCCACGACGUCGGCGACAGGAAGUACCUCAGACCGGGGGAGGAUGCCGACCGUCUCGUCCACGACGUCCUCGUGUCUCUCGGCGCUCCCGAGGACCUGGCCCGCCGCGUCCAGACUAUCUGCCUGGGCGUCAGCUACUCGAGCGAGGUGCGCGACCCAGCCCGCGUGACGGCCCUGAUAGCCGAGCACCCUGAGCUGGCGGUCGUGCAGGAUGCCGACCGUCUGGACGCCAUCGGCGCCGUGGGCGUGGGUCGGUGCUUCGCCUUCGGCGGGGCCAAGGGCCGCGACCUGCAGUCUAGCAUGGAUCAUUUCGAGGAGAAGCUCGUCCGGAUAGAGGGCAUGAUGAAGACGGAUGCGGGGAGGGUCAUGGCACGCGAGCGCACGCGGAGAAUACGGCUCAUGCAGGAGUGGUGGAGGGAGGAGACGGAUAUUCAUGAUACUGCCUGA